GGAGGGUAGCAUAAAUAUCAAUUUUCCCAUACAUGUUUUCUGGAUGGAUAAGAGGUGUGGGAAGUCUCACACAUACACAAACACACAGUAGUCCAAACCAGCCGCCAGGAUGGAAACGUUUUGUGCCUUCCUUCUGCUGGUAGUGGGAUCAGCAGUAACUUCUGCAGUGCAGAACUCCAAAGAUUCCUUAUUGUAUCCUUAUGGAACAGACCAAGGUGACCGGAAGAACCCCAAGCUAGAUGAUGGGACAUCACCAGAAAUUCCUAUAUCAGAGCCCUUCACCUUCUAUGGCAAGCCAUACUACUCUCUCUAUGUAAACAACAAUGGUGUUGUCUCCUUUGGAGUGAACGUCUCACAGUACACCCCUGAUCCUUUCCCUCUAGAGGGUGGUUGGCCCUUUGUGGCACCAUAUUGGGGUGAUGUUGACAAUCGGAUGGGCGGGGAUGUCUUCUGGAGACAGACUCAGGAUCCAGCCAUCCUUAGCCGUUGCACUGCAGAUAUCAACCAAUACUUCCCCAAAAUCCCUUUCCAAGCUAUCUGGGCCUUCAUUGCUACCUGGGACCAUGUAGCUUACUUUGGAUCUGCUUCAAAGAAGGUCAACACCUUCCAAGCUGUCUUGACCACUAAUGGAAACAUAGCCUUUAUCUUGCUGAACUAUGCUGAUAUCCAGUGGACCACAGGCCGAGCAAGUGGGGGGGAUGCGAAGACUGGCCUUGGAGGAACCCCGGCACAGGCUGGAUUUGACAGUGGAGACAAAGUUAAUUACUACAACAUCCCUUCUUCCCGCACACCGGAGGUCCUCAAUAUUGGGGGAACCACCAACGUGGGAGUGCCGGGGCGAUGGGUCUUCCAGGUAGAUGAAUUUGUGGCGGACGCCACCACGGAGAGCACCGAUUGUUUGCUGUGAGCACAUGGGACGCCAAGGCCACACCUUCCUGCAGGUGAGAUCUCUUCCAAUGUCCGGGACCUCCUUCUCUCCAUCUACCAGGACUGGAUGAACUCAGACCUUGAGGAUAAAGCAUUUGACACUCCCUACAGACACAAAGUCUUUUUAAUUCCUAGUCAACGGUAGCAUAGCAAUAAAGACUGGGCUCACA